UCCGUUUUUAGUCGUUGUCGGUCAAUGUUUGAAACAUGAUCAAUAAAUGUUUGACGAAAUGUAAUUGUUCACUGCGCCUUUUAUUUAAAUUUUCUUUAAAUGAAAAAUUAUUAUGCUUUAAUUUGGCUAUAUAAUAAGUGUUAACAAUUAUUUAUUAAGAACAUAGUUAACAAUGUUACUCAUGUUCUAUUCUAUAUUUUAAUAUUAUUAACAGUAUUCUUAAUAAACCAUCUCAGGCGCAGAACACAUACAUUUGGUCAAUAACAAAUUGGCGAUGAAUAACAAGAUAAAUAGUUGUGCCGAUUUUAAUAACAUGGCGUUCGUUGAUUUUGGUGUCGAGUGAAUUAAGCUAUAAAAAACGGGUGCGCGAACGUGGCGACCACCUUUAGGUUUUGGUGGUGCAGUCGGUGGCGGAGAUUCCGGUGACAUUGGCCAAAGGUCUCACACGUCCACUAUGAAGUUGGUGUCCCGUCUCAGAGGUAUGGAUAACCGCGACAGUCAACGGCCUCCACCACCAACCACGUUGCCAGGCGGCCGCCGACUUAGCGUAGCAGCUACACCGCCGUUACCGGUGUCUUCCACUUACGUAUCCGCUCGGGAUAGGUCCAGGUCAUUAUGCGUUGAACGCCUUGGCCUGGCUACUCUGCUUCAUCCAGCCGCAAUACCCGUCAAAGAAUUAAACCGACGAAGAGCCUCGUCUGCACUAUCCUCAAGUAAUGAUCUCAUAUCUCGACGAGGUGUAUUCAGUCGGCGUCAUUAUGGUUCAGUAGAAUUGUUACCACAACUAGAGGCUUCCGGUCAAGACCCUAGUGGAAGGAGAUUUCGAAUUGAAACAGGCGAUUCUCUCGGUGAAAAAGAAGAAAUUUUUGGAUCUCCGUGUACACCAGUGUUAGAAAAUCCUGAGUUCCAAACUAGAUGGUAUUUCAAAUAUUUUCUCGGAAAACUGCAUCAGAAUUACGUUGGUUCAGACGCAGACAAAAUACCGUUUUUCUUAUCCGUAGUUUUGACUGACACCAAUCACCAGUGUGUACCACAAUAUAGAGCAAUUCUAUGGAGAAAAACGGGUGCACAGAAAAUACUGUUGCCCCAUACUCCAAACAAAUCAAUGACAGUAAAACAAAUACUUAGUAACUUUCCAUUAAUGGAUAAAAUAGAAAAAGGACCAAAAGAAAUAUUUUCUCCAGAAAUUCAAAAGGAUUUAUUGUUAUUGGAAGAACAAGAAGGUUCAGUUAAUUUUAAAUUUGGAGUAUUAUAUGCCAAACCUAAUCAAAGUACUGAUGAUGAAAUGUUAAGCAAUGAAAACGGUAGUGAGGAAUUUAAUCAAUUCAUCUCUCUGUUGGGUAACCGGGUUCGCCUAAAAAGCUGGGACAAAUAUCGAGGAGGAUUAGACGUAAAAGGUGAUAUGACUGGUGAAUACUCGACGUACACCAUUUAUGAAGGUCACGAAAUAAUGUUCCACGUGUCUACUAUGUUACCAUACUCUAAAGACAAUCGACAACAAGUAGAAAGGAAGCGCCAUAUUGGAAACGACAUAGUAAAUAUAGUGUACUUGGAUGGAGGAAUCUCACAAAUGUCACAGUUUAAUCCAGCUUUCAUCAAAUCACAAUUUACACACGUAUUUGCAUUAGUAGCUUAUGAUUUUGUUGAAAAAUUUUAUAAAUUGAUACUGUAUUCUGAAGAAUCUGUACCUCUUUUUGGACCAUCAUUACCAUGCCCACCAAUAUUUAAAGAACCACAAGAGUUCAGAGAAUUUCUAAUAGUUAAAAUGAUAAAUGGUGAAAAAGCUACUUUUAAUACACCUACUUUCGCAAAAAAAAGAGAGCGAACACUUGACAUGCUUAUCAAAGACCUUUAUUCGGAUUACAUGUCAGAUUCCAGUAAAGGGGCAAUGUUGAAUAGAAGAGCGUUCAGUGAUGUGUUGCCCGAUCCACCUCGUAGUUCAAGACGAAAAGAAGAGGCUAGACAAGUAGAGUUUGUCAGAAUUGGCCAAGCGCUUAAACUGGACACGAUUGUCAAAGGAGAUGCACCCACUAGCUUAGCGACAACAGGACUUUUUAAAAGAGCACCAUGGGAACCGCAAUGCUUUUAUCCGGACUUUGGCUAUGACAUAGCGUGUGGAGACUCGUGGGGCGAUUCCCGCUUAGUUAUAUGCGCCGAAAGUGGUGGGGUGUACAUCAUUGAAGAUAGUGUGUCACAGCGGCAAAUCUUCGACAAGGUUAUUCAAGCCAAUCAAUUAAACGUGAUUGAAGCUCAUGGAAUCCUGCUGUUUAGAGCAGAAAAAGGACGUGAUAGUAAAAUUUACGUGUUCAGACUAUCAGAAUUUGAGAUGGGCACACAAAAGGAAAUAAAGAAUAAAAUCGAUCUUAAAGACCAUAAACUUGAGAAAACUAGAGGAUGUAGUAUGUAUGCUAUCAGUAAAUCAGGUGGUUCACGAUUAAAAAUGGUGGUUUGUGUGAACCGUAAGCUGACAUUGAUGCAAUGGAAACAUUCAGCAGCGUGGACGGCUUGGUGUCCAGCUAGUGAUACAGACACAGUGGAAGGGUUCGUCCACCUCAGGGAAUUUCAAAUAGCCGAACAACCAUCAAUCAUUACAUUAAUUGAGUCAACUGUGAAUACGGAAACGUGUAGUAUUUGCGUUGGCUACAAACAUCAGUUCGAUAUCAUUCAAGACGGAGCGUGUACUGCACAGCGUUUAUUCGCUGUCCAAGAAGGGUCAAAAGCACAUUUAGUUGCAGCAACCGACCUUUACGAAGAUGAGGAACCCGAACUGUUGUUAUGUUAUAACAAUAUUUGCCAUUUUCAGAAACUUAGUGAGAUGAACAACUCAACCGAAUUUGAUUUCCAUUGGAAUUCUAUUCCAAAAGACAUAGUCUGUUCUUUUCCAUACAUUAUUGCAUUUACAACAGACACAAUGGAAAUUCGACUUAUAAUCAAUGGAAAUUUAGUUCAAACCAUGGCUAUGCCAAAAUUAAAACUUAUAUGUUCCAAGAAUGAUAUAUUCUUCGCUACUACUGCUCCAGAAUUUUUCCAUGGAAAAAUGGAACGAUUACAAAUGGAUCAACAAAAAGCUGAUCGUGAAAGCAUGUCUCCACCUUCUUCACCACACUUAUCACCCGAAACAAAACCGUUACGAUUGUACCGCAUACCUUUGCACGCGCUCAGUGGUCUCAUUGGUCCAUAUGAUCGGAAAUGUCCUAAUGACAAUACGGAUGAUCAAAAUGAAAACAGAGCUGUUGGGAGUAUUAUUCAGUCAGAAAACAAAAGAACUUCAAGUAGAAGCUGCACAGCUUCUCCUACCAUAGGAUUGAACAUGCAAAAUCAUAAAUCAUAAAUAUUGAAACUUUAAUGAUUCAGACUAUUACCAAUAUUAUAAUCUAAUUUUUCAACAAUUUUCCUCCACGUUAAAUUAAUAUUUAGCUCAUAACUUUAUAAAAUAAAAAAAGUUGUGAAUGUGGUUUUGUAACUUAAUAGCUACAGGUGAGCUUUAAUGAACGUAUUAGUACUUUUUUUUGUUACACCCGACUCAUAAAAAGAUAUUUUUAAUAUUCAAAAAUAUAGAAAUACUAAAUUCUGAUAAAAUAAUUAUUUAUUUAUUUGUUGAAUAAUCAAAAGCAUAAUGCGCACUAAAUUAUGGACAGUUCUAUUAUUAAACAAAUGCAUUGUAAAUAGUAUAAUUUAACACCAAAUGCAUUUGUUAAAAAAAUAUUUUACUAAAUUGCAUCAAAUAGACCGAAUUUUAUUUUUAUAUGGUCCACUUAUAAUAAAUUUUAUAAUAUAAUGAAUUUUAUAAGCAAACAAGAAAUUUAUUACUUUAAAAACUGUGUUUAAUGAUUACUUCACGGUAUACCAAUAACAGUCACUAUAAAAUUAAAACUUAAAAAUACCUGGCUAAGUAGUAAAUAUAAAUAUUAUUAACUGCGAAUAAGUUAACUAUUUUAUUUCCCCUCCUUACAAAAAAAUUUUUGAUACUCAAUAUAAGCGCAACUAGAAUAAAAUUUUUAAUUAAUUUUUUUUUUUAUUAUUUUGAAGUACUUUUAAGUAUGUGUGGAAAUUACAAUUAGCACCCUCGACAUUUUAAGGGUGUCAACUGGGGCGAUAAUUUAUUUCUAUCCACCCCUCCUAGUUGUGACUAUAACCUCUAAUGAUAACAUUUACCAUAAUUUUACAACUCGCCAUAUUUGUGAAAAUGUUCAAUAAAUAUUGUUAAAUUUUUUUUAAUAUAUUCUGAACUCCAAAACUAUAAAAUACAAUUUAAAAUUUGUUUUAUGAUUAAAAACCUCAUAAAAACAAAAAUGUAAGAGAAUGGCCUCUUUAGUUUUCCGUUUUCUAGAAGCCUUAUUUAAAUUUUAAUACAAAUAUUUUCUUGCUAUAAAAAUACUCAGACGUUAAAAAUACAUCUCAAAAAUAAUUUUCGAUUAAAUUUCAUUGUUAAUAGCUAAUAUAAAUCAAUAUAAAAAUAAAAUUAAUUUUUUUUGUAGUUCAAAAUGUUUUUUAAAAGUAAGGUACAAAUGUUUUGUUUUUUAUUCGAAGAAAUUUAUAUUAUCGAAAAGUACUGGCAUGUUAAAAACUGUAAACAGCCAAACAUCUAUUAAUUUGAAUUACUACAGUUGCUAUUUAACUUUAUAAAAUACAUAGAUAUUAACUAGAAAUAUCACUUGUUUAUUUUUCAGUAUAAGUAUAAACCUUAAAAGAAGAAUAAAAUAAUUAUGCUAUUUGAAAAUUUAUAAAGUCCUACCUCCUAUUUCAUAAAGUAAAUCUUGAACUUUAUAUCAAUUUUUACAUAAGUAAAAGCAUACAAAGACUUUAAUUUUCGGUGAAACCAAAAAUCAAAAUACACUUCAAUACUUGAAUAAAGCCCCAACAUAAGCGCAUUCUAAGAGAAAAUUUGAGUAGGGAAAAAGCUACUACUCAAAAAUUAUUUUUUUAGCCACCCAUACUUUUAACUUUGAAACAGCCCUGUAUAAGCACCUUUAAAAAAAUGUGUUUAUUAAUUUUAAUAAUUGAUAAACAAUAAUAAUAAUUAAUUGGAUCUCUGUUUUAAAUGAGUUAACUUUAAAAUAAUAGGUUAAUAAGUCUUGAUUCUCGUUUGAAUUUAAAUAAGUUAUUUAGGAAUUUUAGAUUUAAUGAAAUAUUUUGAUUAAAAAACUUAAGUUUUAAAUAUAUUCUUACAUUGACUAAGCGUAAAUACUAAUAUCUCUAAUAGCAAUGGCUACUCUCACUGCCUUAAAAAUUCGAGUCUAAUAUUCCAAACUACAAACAUCGAACACAAAGAAAUUUUGAGUAAAUCAAUUAAACUCAAGAUAAAGGCCUAUUUUGAGGAGUCAUUGUUCCAGCAAUCCCUUUUCCAGAAAUUUCUAGAGUAAAAAUAUAGAGGAUUUUAAUUUUAUUGAAAUUUAUCUUAUAAAUAUGAUUUUUUAACUAUGAGAAGCUAAUUUUUAAUCUGGGAGACUAAGAUCUCUUUGUAUCUGUGCCUAGUAGGCCACAUAUAUAAGACAUUAAAUGGAAACUUUCUGUCUUCUAUCCACUUCCCAAUGCUAUUAAUAAUACUUAUCAGCUACUAUUAUGAAAAGUUUAAAUCGAGUUCUAAAGUUGUGUUCCAUUUACUCAAAAUUUCUGGUAGCUUUAUAUUUAAAACAUGUUCAUUUUAAAUAUUGUUACUAUUGAUUACUUUUUAUGUUUUUAUUAAUAAUUCUGUGAUUAUAUUUAUGUAUAUAGUAGUUUUUGACGUAAACAGUAACACUACGCAUGAUAAAUCAAUUAAUGUCAAUUUUAAACAUCUUUUUCUAUUGUUAAGUAAUUUAAACAUUCUUUUAAUGUUUACAGUAAUUUUACAUAAUUAAAAUAAAUAUUAUUAAACAAAAUCUUUAGGCCUCAUAAUGAUGUAUUUAAUCCAUGUAAAACUAUGUAUAUUAAUUAAAACUAUUUUGAUACC